CCAUAAAAGUGUUUGGCUCUCCUACAAAAUCCCAUCUUCUCUCAUCCCAUCUAUUGCUCUGCAAAUCACAUAAUUGCAUGUUGUGAAGUUUAGGAUAAGAUAGGAAUUACAAAAUCCCAUCUUCUCUCAUCCCAUCUAUUGCUCUGCAAAUCCACACAAUUGCAUGUUGUGAAGUUUAGGAUAAGAUAGGAAUUGCAUGUUGUGAAGUUUUGGGUAAGAGAGGCUAUGGAAGUAAUGGAUGCAGUGAAUCAAGAUUGUGAUACGACUUUGGGUCUGGGAAUCAGAAUUGGUAUAAGUGGACAAUCUGAUGGCGACCCAUCUGUUCCAAUUGAGUUAGAUCUUCUCCCCUUGGCUCCCAUCCCUCGCCAUUCAGCUGUUUCAGAGGUUUUCCAAUGCACAAAGAGUUUAUCAGAGCAGGAAAUCAUUGAUGUCAAUAAGUUGCCUCUUGUAACCUCUUGUUCUACCUCUACCCAACAUGACAAUAUUGUCUCAUCUUCCCCUCACAGAGAAGGCAGCUAUGGAGUAGGUAUCAAGAGAGAACGUUGUGGGCUUAUGGAGGAAGGUUGUUGUAAAGUUAGUGAGGAAGAAGCAGAGAGUGGUGGUACAAGGAAGAAGCUCAAACUGUCAAGAGAUCAGUCUGCACUUUUGGAGGAGAGCUUCAGAGAGAACAGUACUCUUAAUACUAAACAAAAACAAGCCCUGGCCAAGAAGCUGAAUCUUCGCUCUAGACAAGUUGAAGUCUGGUUCCAAAACAGGAGGGCAAGGACCAAGCUAAAACAAACAGAAGUGGACUGUGAAUUCUUGAAGAAGUGCUAUGAAACUCUGAGGGAGGAAAACAGAAGACUGCUGAAAGAGUUAGCCCAACUGAGAUCUGUGAAAGUCGCAGCAAGCUCUCCAUUGUACAUGCAAUUGCCCAGGGCAGCUCUAAGCAUGUGUCCUUCCUGUCAAAGAGUUGUGACCUCUGAUAACACCAUGCCUUUUGCUCCUCUGCCAAAUCCACACUUCUAUACCUCAUAUAAGCACUCUUCUGUAUCAUGCUGAAGGAAUUCUUAUGUGUACUCUCACUUCAUAUCAUUCAUUUUCUGUUGAGGCUACCUCCACAUUUAGUGAGGAGCUUCUUUGCACCAGUAGAAAUGUAAACUAACAUGUAAUUAGAUAUUAGUGGGAUUUCUCCCUUGCUCUAAAUGUACUCAAAUCUAUACAAAAAUGUACUCAUAUAUUAUAUAUCUGUCAAUACACAGACUAUUAUCUGUUA